CCUGCUCGGUUCCGGUGUUCCGGCCCUGGUCCUGGCGGUUCUGCCAGUACGCAGCGAGCCUCCGUGCAGGUCGGACCAAUGUCGCGAUUGUGACGUCCUCGUGUUAUUGUGCCAGCCAGUCGUUGAAACAUUUAUUGGACCCAAGCUCGCUUCGUAAUCCUUUUUUUUUUUCUUCUUCAAAUUAAACUACCCAGCAAGUUUUUAUCCCCCCCAAGCAAAGUGAGGAUUUUUUUUUUUUAAACUCUUGAAAUAGACGCUUCCAUUUUACCACAUUUGGAUUGUUUUCACAUUUUGAAUUCUCAAAUUGAGCAUUCGUGGAUGUACAAGCUGUCUGGAAGAAUUGUGAUGUGCACCGACUGGACUUGAUGAGCGUGGAGAUGCGGAGCCCGGUGGCACAUCUUUAAAGCGGCUUGCAUUUUUGUUUUUUGGGAGAAAAAAAAACAACACAAUCAACCAAAUUGUACGCGUAUUUUGGCUGUUGUGUGUUGCAUGAGGCGUCGGGGCAAGGUAAUGGGAGAGGGUGCACACACAACAAGGGAGCGUUGUUCGAAACUGAGACAAUUGAGGCACAAGAAGAGAAACGCUGCUGGCUUGUGAUUCAUUUGACAACAUUGGAUUCGCUGGAGUUCUAUUUGCGUCCUGGACCGAAGCCAUUCGUGUGUGCGCGCAAGGAGCACUAAUGGCACAUUAAAAGUCAUGGGAAUGCUGCUGAAAUAGACCACAAAGCAUCACUUGUGGACCGAAUUCGGAGAUGGCGCGUCCAUGGAGUGUGAAUGGAUUGUGGGUCUUGCUGGCGUUUGUACUGGAUUUACUGGGAACCACCGCCAGCAACAUGGAGCCCAUCUACUGGAAUUCUCUUAACGAGAGGUUCCGAGACGAUAAGGGCUACGUGCUCUACCCUCAGAUCGGGGACCGGCUGGACCUGAUCUGCCCGCCGCUGGACACGGCCCGCUCCACGCCCGAGUACGAGUUCUACAAGCUGUACCUGGUGUCGUCGCGGGACCAGGCGGACCGCUGCGAGGUGGCGGGCUCGCCCAACAUCGUGCUGACGUGCGACGAACCUACGCGGGAACGCCGCUUCACCAUCAAGUUCCAGGAGUUCUCGCCCAACCUGUGGGGCCACGAGUUCAAAAGCAUGCAGGACUACUACAUCAUCGCUACGUCAGAUGGGACACGCCAAGGUCUGGACAGCAUGAGGGGAGGAGUUUGUGCCACGCAGGGCAUGAAGGUGGUCCUGAAAGUGGGGCAGAGUCCAUACGGGCUGCCUCCCAAGAAGGAGCCAGCUGGACGUUCCACCAACCGGAACUCAGGGAACUCAACCCAUUCGAGAGGACCCAACACCUUCGGGGGCGGCGAAGGCGGCGACGAGAACGGCCCGCUGCAGCCGUCCAACAUCGCCCUGAUCGCGGGCGCGGCCGGAGGCUCGGCUUUCCUGCUAUUGGUCACGGCCGUCAUCUGCGCGGUGUGCUACAGGCGGCGACACGCCAAGCACUCGGACACCCACCACCCGCCGCUGUCGCUGUCGUCGCUGACCAGCCCCAAGCGGGGCGGCGGCGCCGGCGGCAUGGGCAGCGCGAACAACAACGGAUCCGAGCCCAGCGACAUCAUCAUCCCUCUGAGGACGUCGGACUCCGCCUACUGCCCGCACUACGAGAAGGUGAGCGGCGACUACGGACACCCCGUCUACAUUGUGCAGGAAAUGCCGCCGCAGAGCCCGGCCAACAUCUACUACAAAGUAUGAGAACUGGACUCUCCGGCCGUGGACUCCCGGAAUCGCUCCAAGCCCCGCCCCCAGCAAGCUCCAACAUCUCCCCCCCCCCUCCCCUCACCCUCUCACCUGCCACCAUCCAACCAUGAUCAAACCCCACAAUCACACUUGUGAGUGUACGUGAGGGUUCGCCGGCCCACCGGAGCACGCUUCGAGCAGAUUCCCGGAAUGCACCUGGAAGUUGGUGAAUGCGGCUUUUGGACUUUCAAAAAAAAAAAAAAAUCAAAAGGACUAUAUUUGAAAGCAAAAAAAAAUUUUAAAAAAUCAAUCGAUAAAAGCCCAGACAGUGCUGAAGAACUCCCAGUUGCCACACCUGCCUAGAAGCCAGCAGCCCGCCCCUCAGAGCGCCAUCAGCCAAUCAGAGACGGGCCCCGCCUCUUCACCGCCAACACCUUUAGGAAUUCUCAGUGCAAAAAGAGGAGGGGCCUCUCUGGAGGUCACGUGACUUGACCCGGGGUUCGAGGAGGUGUCUGAGCAGUCGGGCCGCGCUGACGCUCAGACUCUUGUAUAUUUUAAUAAAACGUGUGCGUGCGUGCGUGCGUGCGUGCGCGUGUGAAAUGGACGUGACUGUGCUCUUUAGACUUGUCUUAAAAAUACCAAAACAGAAAAUAGUGAGCGGAUAUCACAAUAAAAAUCCAACAAAGUGAGAUUUUCUUUUCUAUGGCUAUCAACACUUAUAGAUGAUAUAUAUAAAUAUCCAGUAAAUAGAUGUUUUGUUUUUAUUUUCUCUGAUUUUGUUGUAUUUUACCAGCUAAAACCACACCUCUGUUGCUAGCCUUUUUUCUAUUUUUCAAAAUUUACCGUAGUACAAUCUGCCUUUUAUAUGCAUUUAAUCCAACUUUUUUUUUUUUUGCUCCCCCCCCCCCCACUAGGGUGUUUGUAUAUUUUCAUAGCUUCUCGUUUGAUGAUAGUGUUGAAGUUUAGACCUCGUUCGUGGAAGUGUUGAGGUAGAGCCAUCGAUGAUCGCUUUUGUUUUAUUCCAAAUGUUUUUUUUUGUUUUUUUUUUAAGUGUGCUAAGGAGGAGGGCAAAAAGAGAGAGAAAAAAAAAAGGAAAGGAUUGUGAGGAAAUUGCACACUUAAGAAAAAAGGAAAGACGGAUGAUGAAGGAGUUGAACUCAUGCAGCGCACACAACACCAAAUCACAUCACGAGUGGUGCAUUUCAAAAGUACUCCUCUUGUUGUGUUGCAUUAUUUGUGUACACACACACACACUCGCUAAUGACUGCUACACUGAUUGCGUUGUAAAACACACAUCUCCGCCAAUUAGUUCUCAACCAGUGUGUGCGUGCGUGUGCGACAGACACAUGACGGCCAAUCGAAGUGUCGUUUGUUCACGUGCUUAGCGGUAAAGUCGUUUUGUGUUGCUCAGACAUGUUUGUGGCUUAUGUGUAAACGGGGUUGACACGCACACACACACACGCGCAGGACACAAUGUUGCAUUCAGAGGCGCCGUUGAGCGCACACAUGCUUAGCAGUAAAAUUGUUUUGUGUUGCGCAAACAUUUUGUGGCUUUCUUGUAAACUGGUUGACAGUGACACACAUUCACACACUCACACAACUACAAUACACACUCGGCAGCGUUUUUUUGUGUGAUCCUUCCUUAACUGUACUUUGUAUCGGUACCUAACAUCAUCUACACUUUGUAUUAAGAUGUGCUUUAAUUGUCACAUUGAUUUUUGUCAGCACGGUUCUGGCCUACAUUUGACGGUUUGAAAUUGAGUUAAAAAGAUGAAAUGAGGGAGGGGGGGGGGGCUCUUUUGUACAACUACAAAGUUGUGUUUUUUUUUUUUUAUGUACGCUGUUCCGUCUUUUGUCGAUUCGAACACGCAGAGAGAGUAGCGCACAUGCCCGCCGCCGAGGCCGCGUUUUGCAACGUGACUUGUGUUAUGUACAAAAAAAAAUGGCUGCCACCUCAACGGGGGAGAGGAGGGGGAGUGGGGGGGACGCGGAAUAACAAAGCAUCCCCCUCGGACUGCCAUGUUUUUUCAUGUUUUCACGUGGAUUUGAGUGUCUCACUGUUUGUGUUUGACCUCUGGGUGAGUGUUACCUGCAGGAGGGGCAGGGGAGGCGGGGCCAUCACCUUUGGCUAGUAAAAAACGUACGUGUGUUUGUGCCAUGCGGCCCCUCAAAUGUGACGUGUUGUAUUAGAGACGCCUCCCCGUGAGGUGUGUGCGCGCGUGUUAUCUCCACCUCUCGGCCAUUGUCUCCUCAUCACGGCGACCCCUGCAGUGUACCCUCGCUCCACCCUCCCCCUCCCUCACCCGCCGCUGCCCGCAACGUACCUCUGAAAAGAGGAAAAGAUGAGUACAUUCCUGCUUUGGAGAAAAAAAACAGUUGAAUAAAAAAACAAAUGUUUAAGCACCA